AUGGAGCCAUCCACGGCCGGAGCAGCGGCCACCCCGGCCUCUGCCCAACCCGCGCCGCCCGCCGAGCUCCAAGCGUCAGAGCCGCCGGGCACGCACCCGCGCGUCGAGCCGCCAAAGGGUAGGGACGCCGCCGAAGUCCCAGAACAUGGCCGAUCCAGGUUGGAGACGGAGAUGCCCAACUCCCCGGAGGCCCCCGCCGCCACGGGGCCACCACCACGAGGCCCACCACGCCGCCGACCAAGUACAGGAGCCACGCCGCCCACACCCACCGGGCGCCGCCGCGAGCCCCACGCCGCCGCCACCUGCCCGCCGGAGCGCUGCGAGCCAGGCGGAACCGGGCCAGCUCCCGAAGCAGCCAGCCGCACCACCCCGCCCCGCACGCCGCUGGGUGGCCCUUGCCAUCUUGGCCCGCGUCGCCCGCCGGCCGCCUGCCCAAGCACCUGCCCGAUCCAGAUCUGGGCCGAGGUGCCCACCGCCGCCGCCCGAGCUGGCACGCCCUCACCGAGCCCUCGACGAGCAGCCGCCCGCGCCGCCAACCCAGGCCGCCGCCGCCGCGCAGCCCUGGCCGCCGCCACGCCACGCCGUCCUGCAGAACGGCGCGCCUCCAAGCCAAGGAUCUGUCCCGCGCCAGCCCGCCGCGAGGAGGGGGGAGAAGCCCCGCCGCCGCCGACGCCGGUCGGCCUUUGCCCGGCUACGCGAGCCGGCGGCGGCGAGGAGGGGGGAAGGAACGGGGGGCUAGAGGAGGAGGGCGCUAGGAGGACGCGGUUUUAG